GCGGUAAAGGGUUCAGGGCUGUCACGUGACCGCUACAGACGCAGAAGAAGAAAAAAGAUGGCUGCGUCCGUUCACUGAGGGGGACAAAUACACGUUUAGACUAUUACUGACUACAUAAUAGACAUCUGCAAAGACAAUGUUUUUAAAUCACAGCCUGAAAUCAACGGCGACGGCUGUACGAACAUGGCGCGUGCUGUCGGGUUUGAAGCACGGCAGUGUUCCGUCACACGGCCACUGCAGCUCCAGGGGACAGCGCUAUGUUCACUUCACCGGGAUGGCGACUCGUUCACUUAAAAGUAAUGAAACCCUCACAAGCCAGUCAGUGAGACAAUAUGCCCGAGCUGUACAAAAAAAGCCAGAAUUUCAGAGUCAGCUACAAGACCUGCCACCUUCAAUGCUGAAGCAUGAAUAUGCUUCUGUUCCACUGGCUCACACAGUUGACGAUGUGGUGAAGAAGCUUCUCUCACUGGAGCUUGCAAGUCACAGUGAAAAACUGCGCCUGAAAGAGGAACAGCUGAUUGGAAAGGUCCAGAGGCAUGAAAAUGACCGAAGCUCAACAGAGGUUAAGGUGGCCGUGUUGACAGCACGAAUACGCAAUUUUCAGGAGCAUUUGCAGAAGCACCCUAAGGACAAAGCUAACAAGAGGUGGAUGCUGAUGAGCAUUGACCGCAGGAAGAAAUUGCUCAAGUACUUGAGAAGGUCACGAUAUGAUGCUUUUGAGAAGGUCUGUGCAGAGCUAGAGAUCACAUACACCUUCCCUCCAGAGUACUACAGACGGGCAACCCGGCGCUGGCUGGCUAAGAAAGCCCUCUGCAUCAAGGUUUUCAAAGAGGUCCAGAAACAAAAGGCAGAGAAGAGAAAUAAAGCUCUCGCUCAUAAGAAGGCUAGGAGCACAAGCUCUAACCUCACAGAAACCCAGGGCACUCCAGUAUAAUAAAAUCCACCAUAACAUAUAUUAUUGUACAGGAAACUCAUGCAGCAUAACCACAACUAAUAAACAGUCAGAGAUAUAGAUACUGAA